AAUUAUUUGUACCAUACAGGGUCGAUGAUCACUACAAAGGAAUCUAAUUGUGCCUAUAUGAACAUUACAAUCAUUGAGAAACAUCCAAAUCAGGAAUCCGUGGAAGUAUUUCAAAACCAAGCUUCUAUUAGAUCAAACAAAAUUGCUGAAUACGUACAUACGACGUUUUUGGAAAAUCUAUUUAAACUGCUUUUCGAAAGUUGCGAAGAUUGUGGGAAAAUGGCUGCGGUACCACAAGCAGCGUUUGCAGCGUGCAAAGUCCGAUGCAAUGAACAACAUGAUGAUAAUAAUAUGAUAUCAGCGAUAGAAGGAAAAGAGAAAGCAAACAAAGAAAAUACAUUUAAUGGUAGAUUCUACCCAGAAGGUUUGGAACUCACACCCUUGAAAUAUAACAGCAAACUGAUGAACAGCAUUUGGGGUUUAUAUAAUCGCUACUCUGUACAUAAUUUCAAGAAAAAUACUGACGCCGAAAAAGGGUUCUUAGCGACUGCAUGGCAGACAGUUUAUUCCAAUUCUUCUUCCAUUAUGUCUGCUCCAGUCGUUUCAGCUUCAACUACUAUGGAAACUCCUCAGAUUUUAGAUAUUAAUAAUGGUAUCUAAUGAAUCGAAUAAUAGUCUUUGGGUAUUUCCAAUAUGAUAGUUUUGAGCGUCAAUGGACUUGUAAUGAGAAUAUUACCGGAAGUCAAUAAUGGUGUACCAGUUAAUUUCGUGCCGGUAGGAACAAAACCUUUCCUUCUAUGAAUUUUAUUUUGUCAUAUAGGAAAAAUGUUAAAAUACUAUUCAUAUGUGUUUAAAAUUACGAUAUUUUAAUUAAAGAAUUAAUAUUUUUCUAAACAUAAAAAAGUAGUAAUAUUAAAACUACAGAACUUCGAAACUACGGAUAAGCUAAUGAGCUAUAGAUAGUUCUCUAUUCAUGGGUAUAAUGUUUUUUAAUUAUUCGUGAUAGAGAAUGAGAAUUCUGCUUUUUAAACGUAGCAGAAAUGUAUCGUAUUUUAAUGCAUAUGUUUUCCUAUAUGUUAAGAUAGUUUACGAAAAUUGUUUAUUACUAUGUAAAGUCAACUGGUGUCUAUUGAUAGGCCGGAAUAAGAAUAUUAAAUAAAUUGCUAUUUGCCAUGAAUGAAUAA